AUGCCUGUCGUUCGUCAACGUGCUCGCCAGUCUGCACGACUUCAAGCCAACUCUCAUCUGCGCUCGAGGGGAAUGGACCCCCCUCCCCUAUCUAUCUCAAAUACUCAACCUAUCCCAAGUGAUCCUGGACCCAGGAUCACGGUUCAGUGGGGGAAAGAAGAUGCUCUCACUGAUAUCCUCGUUGAUCACAUCACAUCUCACCCUGCUGAUAGUCGGAUUCUCUUCUAUGCUGAGGGCAAAAAAAUGCCUAUUACUGACGGUGACCAGGCCUCGGGCAAGGACAAGAGCAACAUCUAUGCUGUUCUUGCCAAACUCAUAUUCGCAAAUCACACCAAAUAUGGCGCCAGAUACCAAUGGAACCCCAAGAAAUUUUGCGAUUCAGUCGCGAACCACAUUGUGGGUCUCAAAACUAGGUACAAAAAACUCAAGGCCAGAUUAAGUGCCACUGGCGCUGGUGUACUGCCCGGUAACAGGCAUGCAAAUUUAUUGUUUGAAAUAUGUGCCGAAUGGAAGUGGUUUGCGGACCUUGAUGCAAUCUGGCAUUCAAACCCUGCAUUCGUGGUGACAUUGCACUCAUUGAGGCCAGGUGUUGAUCACACUGGUCAGAUGUACUCACUUGUGCAACCACCACGUGGUGCUGCUAGUGUUCAGCCUCAGGCUUCCUACAGUGUGAGCGCUCUGUCCUUCCAUGGUGAUCCUCCAAUUGACCCGCAUCUUCUCCAACCUUCACCCGCUCUUCCUGAUACUCCUGCUAUUCCCACUCCGCCCAAUGAUAUUCCCAAUAUUCCCAAUCCUUCCAUUCCUCGUUAUGAUCCCGCUCCUCAGGUCCACCUUCCUGGCCUCUCUCAUACUGAUAAUGACUUGGACCGAGCUGAUCCUUUUGCUUCCCCCCUUGGUGACGCACUGGACCACGUGCAGGAUGACAACAUGAUGCAGGACGAUGACGAUGGAAUGCAGGACAACGACACCGACGACAGAAUGCAGGAUGACACGAUGAUCUCCAAUAGCCCCCUGAAAGUUAUGUCGUUAUCGGCCCAACUGGAUGGCGGCAAAAAGAAGAAAAAAGCUAAGUCUAAUAUGCAGGAUCAGUUUGAAAAUUUGACGGAGGAAAUUGGGAGCAUCCAAUCUGACGUCAUGUCCCUCCGCGACUCCAAGCAUCAGCGGUUCAUUGCGAAGCUUAAGGCAAAGAGCGAAAAUCAGCGUGAGACCAAGAAAUACAACUGGCUUUGUGAUACGCGUGCACACGAGGCAUCUCAAGCUGUUCUCACCCAUCAGUGA